GCGCACUGGAUAGCGGCCCAACGGAAGCGAUUAGGCCGUGGGCCCGGGCUGCUGCUAACUGAAUUUCCCACCAAAAAUACAAAACCAAAACCUCUCUCUGCAAUGCUCCACCUUUUCCCCAGAAAGAAGAACAGAGAGUUCAAGUUGGAAAAUCUCUCCAUUUCCCUCCGGGAAAAUUCUCUCUCCCCCAAGAAAAUCGAAAGAGGGGAAGGAAUCAGUUAAUGCGCGGAUCAUGAAGCAACGACGGCUCCGAUUUUUUCUGCGGUUCUGGACUGCGCUGCUGCUCUUCUUACUUGUUGCGUCUGUUUCUCAGGCGAGGCCCCGCCGUGGACGAGAACCUAGUUAUCUCAAGUUCGUAGCAAAUGCCACUGCCUUCCCAUCAGAAGAAAACUAUGACUACGUUAUCGUUGGGGGAGGUACUGCUGGUUGUCCUUUGGCGGCUACGUUAUCGCAAUCCUACAAGGUUCUUCUCCUCGAACGCGGUGGAGUUCCCUACGGCAGACCAAGUUUGAUGACGCAAGAAGGCUUCUUGACCACACUCACAAACGUCGACUCAUUUGACUCUGCUUCCCAAUCCUUCAUCUCGGAAGAAGGUGUCCCUAACGCAAGAGGGCGGGUUCUUGGGGGAAGCAGCACGAUAAACGCCGGCUUCUACAGCAGAGCAGACCCAGAUUUCUAUAAGUAUUCCGGAGCCAAUUGGGACCUAAGAGUGGUGAAUGAGUCCUACGAAUGGGUUGAGAGGGCUAUAGUCUUUAGACCGGAGCUUAGAAACUGGCAAUCAGCAGUUAGAGAUGGGCUGUUGGAGGCUGGGGUCGAUCCUUACAAUGGUUUCAGUUUGGAUCAUGAGGUGGGGACUAAGAUUGGAGGCUCUACCUUCGAUGGCAGAGGGAGGAGGCAUAGCGCUGCUGACCUUCUCAACUAUGCGAAUGCCAGCAACAUAAAUGUGGCCGUUUAUGCAAGCGUGGAGAGGGUGCUGCUAGCAUACAGCGGCCCGCGUGGAAGCUCGAGGUCUGCAAUUUCAGCCAUCGGUGUGGUGUAUCGAGAUCGGGUGGGGCAGUAUCAUCACGCCAUGGUGCGUGAGAAUGGGGAAGUGAUUCUCUCAGCUGGUGCCAUUGGGACUCCUCAGCUGCUGUUGUUGAGUGGGAUUGGCCCAAGGCCUUACCUUUCUUACUGGGGGAUUCCUGUGGCCUACCAUCUUCCAUACGUGGGGCAGUAUCUCUAUGACAAUCCUCGGAAUGGGAUCUCAUUCGUGCCCCCAGUGCCACUGGAACACUCGCUGAUACAAGUGGUUGGCAUCACCGAGCUUGGAGCAUAUGUUGAGGCAGCCUCCAACGUCAUCCCAUUUGUAUCCCCUGCGCGUUCUGUCUUCAUCAGGGCACCCUCUGCGCCGCUGUACCUGACGGUGACCACUCUCAUGGAGAAAAUCGUCGGGCCACAAUCUGUUGGGUAUCUGAGGCUGUCGUCGACAGAUGUAAGGGUGAACCCACUUGUGCGUUUCAACUACUUUUCAAGCCCUAUUGACAUGGAGAGGUGUGUGAACGGGACCCGCAAGAUUGGGGAUGUGCUGAGAACCCGUGCCAUGGCGGACUUCAGGUUUCGUGACUGGUACGGUGUUAGGAAUUUCAGGUUUGUCGGGCCCGCACUGCCCGUUGAUCAGUCUGAUUUCGAGCAGAUGGCUGAUUUCUGUCGACGAACUGUGAGCACCAUAUGGCAUUACCACGGCGGGUGCGUGGUGGGGAAAGUGGUGGAUGCUGACUACCGUGUCUACGGCAUCCGGUCACUGAGGAUCGUUGAUGGCUCAACCUUGACAAUCUCGCCAGGCACCAAUCCACAGGCCACUCUUAUGAUGCUUGGCAGAUAUGUCGGCCUCAAGUUAAUCAAAGAGCGAGAAGUACCAUCUGAGGUGAAGUCUGACUCUGGUGACCUGUAGUGUAACUGACCUUGAAGAAGAGAUACAGCAGCUAGCAGGUACUUCGUUCAUCUGAAGGUGUUCUGUUUUUACUUAGGAUAUUGAGAAUUGUAUAAAGUUCUAGCAUGCCUGUAGAAUGAAACUAUUGGUGGUAUACACGCAAUGAAGCAACUCAUGUGUCGUUCACUGCAAAAUGGAGAGAUUGGUAGAGGAAUAUGACUGAUGAAGUUGUACUUGGGAUGAUGAUGAUGGUCCAUCUCUCUUUGGAACUGCCAUUAGGGUUUCUUCUUUUCUUGGUAAGAAGCUUGUUUGAUUGAGUUUGACUUCCCAGCAAACUACAUGGCUAGUUGUUUCUGUAUAUGAUGAGUUUGAUUACAGCAACUAUGUUGAACCAUAACUUUUUACCACAGCCUGCAGUAAGUUUUCAUAUCAGUCAUCUAACUUAUUUUCAUCCCUGUUUUUUUUUUUUUUUUUUUACUACUCGGUGAGAUACCCUCUGAGUAAAUGGGGUGGAAAAUGGGAAUUGGAGUAGAUGCAUAACUCAUCAUAUAGGACAAAAGAUAGCGACGGUGGUAGGAUUUGGAUACCUACCGACAAGAUUGGUUUAAUGUGAUGGGAGGGAUUUGGUGGCUGCCCUGCCUGGCUUGUUCGAUCCUGUACCUAGUUCUAGUCCUCAUUCAUUUCUCACAUGGAUGAAUUAUUCCAGUUCUUGUUUAACGUUAUUCUUUCCAAUAAUUAUGCUCUGGUUCUCUGUUUCUUUUAUUAAAAAAAAAAACUACAUUUAGAUCACUUAAAAUAAGGCUACAUUUAUAUGAAAGAUGUGUGCCUACACUUUCUUAAAGCUUUUUGCUCUUUGUUGUCCAACCUUUUUUCCAAGUGUGUGAAGAGUAUAAACCACCCAUUUGUAUAAUGAUGAGUUAAGUGCUACUGCUAAAUGCUAAUGUGGCCCCAUGGGUCGACCACCCACCAGGCAGGGAUGGCAAUUUCGACCUGACCCGUUCCACCCGACUUGUUUGGCCUGUUUUGGAGCGGGCUGGGUAGAGUAGUCGAAUUAAAUCCUAAAAUCCUA